AGUAGCUCCAAAUGAAUCCGCCUCACGCUCCUGGACCAGCUCGCUUUUUCCGAGGGCGUUUUCGUGGAGGUCGACCAAAUUAUUUUUUCAAACGCAAUGGUCGCACAAUUCCUGCUCAUAGUACAGUUGCCGGUGGUUAUAGUCGCAGAGGAGGUCGCGGAGGUGCCGCAGUGCCAGCGGCAAAUACUUCCCAAGCUCCAUUUGUGCCACCAUGCAGUUAUUUGCGUCCCCAAUUCUAUGCUGCUCCAGAAGAUGCUGGUCAACAAGUGAGUUCCAUAGCUGUGGAGACACCUAUGCUUUGUCCUGGUUGGCGUUUGUAUUUCUACAAGGAAUCCUAUGAAGAGAGCAACGUAUUAAACGCUCGUCUAAAACUGUUAGAAACGCACUACAACAACAAUGUAGCCCAUUAUGAUUUUCUAAAUAUACAGCGUCAAGGUUUCUUUAAACUGAAUGCCAAUAUUCUGCAGCAAGAUGAGCAGUUGAAAAGCGAAUGGCCCACAUUGAUGGAUGACAUGUUGGUUAGACCCAUGAGAACCCUGGCCACAUUUGCACUGGCAAUGCAUUCAUUGGCCACCAUGGCUUCUAUCGAUGUGUCUCUAAGUCAGGAACAGAGUACAAGAGAUCAUUAUGUACCCAAGAUCAUUAAGCCCCGAAAAAUAUACGCCCGCCCCAUGGGUUUUAUGGCGGAGCGGCCCAUGGAUAUUGUAGGUUCACUAGAAGUCGACCAAUUGUAUUGUGUACGCGGGGUGGUUACAUGCGUGGGACCCGUCGAUGCCUCGGCCACUUGGAUAGCUUACAGAUGUGGCAGAUGUAAACAGGAACAGGCGCUAAGGCAAGGAGGGUUUCAUGUAGUCCGACCUUAUUCGUGUAAACGCCAAGGUUGUCUUGCUAAAGCCGGUUUUGGAGAAAUUCGAUCUUCGCCUUUUACUCGCAUAACACCAAAACAAAUGAUACGCAUAACUGAAUCCCGUCUAGAUUUAUCGUUACAUUCUGAAAUCCAGGCCAAACAUACACUCGAUGUGGAACUAAGACAUGACUUAGUCGACACUAUUUCACUGGGUCAAGAAGUCGUGAUCACAGGCAUUCUUAGAGUGCGUCCACUGCAAGAGCAACAAGAAUGCGAUCAAUACGCUGCUUUUGCGGGUAAAAUGGAAAUUUUUAUGAAAGCCACUACCAUAGUAGAUGCAAAGGAAGUCAAUCAUCCAUUUAGUGAGAAAGAUAUUGAAGCCAUAACAACAAUAAAUGGUGAAAAUGACAGCUUCAAACUGUUGGUGAACUCAUUGGCUCCCGAAGUGUUUGGCUAUGAAUUGGCUAAAGCAGGUGUGUUUUUGUCCCUGAUUGGCGGAGCUGGCUCUCAAGUUCAUGACGAGGAUGAGAUUAAUGUGUUACUGGUAGGAGAUCCUGGCGUCGGCAAAUCUAACAUAAUACAAAUGUGUUCCAAGAUCUCUCUAAAAGGUUCUUUGGUGCAGGCUAAACGCGGAGCCUCUAGCAAUAAUAAAAAACUUACCAUUUCCGUUAAAGGUCGUAGCAACCAUAUACUGGAAUGUGGUGGUUUGUUAGAAUCUAGACACAGUCACUGCUCAAUCGAUGAUAUUGAUCGCCUAACAACACAAAUGGAGUCGUUUAUGAAUGUUUUACAAAUACAGUCUACCUGUUUGGCCUACCCCUUUAUGUUUUCGUCAUUUUCAACACCCACAUGUGUCAUUGCAUCGGCAAAUUCUAUGCGUGGCCAUUAUGAUCAAUCCAAGAUGUUGACAGAUAAUAUUCGAAUCCCAGCACAUUUGUUAAAUGAAUUCCAUUUGGUGUUUCUGCUUUUGGAUAAGCCCAACAAGGAAAUGGAUACCUCGCUAUCGGAGCAUAUUAGAGCUGUUCAUCGGGGAGCCAAAAAGAAUGCAGCCAUAGCCAACAGAUUCGAUCAGAAAAUAAAAACCAACAAUUCCAUGAAUAUGACUCUGGACGAUGAUGAUGAUAACACUGAUGACUACGAUUUGGGCGAGAGAUUAAAAAUAAAACCUGAGGAAGAAAAUGAAAUCGACCUAUUGCCUGUUAUACUGUUAAAGAAAUUCAUUGCCUAUUCUCGCCAACAAGUUAGACCCAUGCUUACGGAUGAGGCCAGUGAAGAGAUAAAACAUUUUUAUAUGGAUUUAAGACAACAGUCAGAGAAUUCUCUAUAUUCUAUAUCCUCAGGUUUUGGUGUUUUGUAAAAGCAAUUUUCAAAUCUGAAGGUGAGUAUUAAGUUCGUGUUUCACGGUGAAAAAAACAUAUAUUUUACGAUUACCUUUGAAAAAAAAAACCCGGAAGUAGAAAAUACACUCGAAGCAUUGAUACUCAAACCCAAUUUACUAUGGAACACGAGAAUGAAGAGAAGUUACCAUAUCUGGACCAAAGGCUUGCGCAAAACCAUUCAUUGGUGCCUGUUGUUGCUGAACUCGUGAAGCCACGUGACGUUGUAUUUCAAGACUGCUGAAGAGCGAGACACUGAAGAUAGAGUAAAACGAUCAAGUUGCUCUUGGCUUGUCAAGAAGUCAAGAUCCCAGAUCGGUUUAUAUGGCAGCUGUAUCAGGUUGUGUACCGAUUUUCACCAUACUUAGCACAGUUGUUGGAAGUCAUAAUAAAACACCUCAUGCGAAAUUUCAGCUAAAUCGGAUGAGAAUUACGCGCUACAUUGGUUCAAGAAAUCAUGAUCCAUGAUCGGUUUAUAUGACAGCUAUACCAGAUUAAUAACCGAUUUGAAUUAUACUUAACACAGUUAUUGGAAAUGAUACCAAAAUACCACGUGCAAAAUUUCAGUCAAAUCGGAGGAGAUUUGCGGUCUCUAGAGGCUGAAGAAGUCAAGACCCAAGAUCGUUUUAUAUUGCAGCUAUAUCAAAAAAUGAACCGAUUUGGCCCAUUUACAAUCCCAAUCGACCUACACCAAUAGGAAUUAUUCGUUCAAAAUUUCAAGCGGCUAGCUUUACUCCUUCGAAAGUUUGCGUGCUUUCGACAGACAGACGGACGAACAUGGCUAGAUCGACUUAAAAUGUCACGACGAUCCAGAAUUUGUCAACGCCAACUAUAUGAAA